CUAAAGGCGUGGACCCAUAUCGGUUGACGCAACGGAUUCUGAACCUCUCGGCUCGUUUGUGUUUUUUUUUUGCUGCUCUCCUCCUCCAAACUCCAGCCAUGGUCACCUUCUUCUUCUAACCGCGAAAACCAUCUCUCUCUCUCUCUUCUCCGUUAAGUUUUUCGUCGCCAGUUUCUUUCUUCGUCUUCUUCUUCCAGAAUUUUUCAAGCUUUCUUUAGCAUUUCUCAUUCGCGAAUCUUUCUCUCCCUGAGCUAAAAACAAGAUCUCAUGGCGAGAACAGCUUCUUCUCCUCCCAGGAAAACAGAUUCCGAACCUCCAAGAUCCGAUACACCCGGAGAUCCGUCUGGCGACAAACCUCAACCUGAUGUCUCCGGCGUCCCAGCCACUGAUGUUACCGCUUCUUCUCAGAAACGCGGUCGUGGUCGACCUCCGAAGGCUAAAUCUGACUCCGGUGCCGUUUCUGCUGAGCCGGGUAAAAAACCAGUUGGCCGUCCGAAGAGAAACGCAGCUCCAGCUGUUCCCACUACGUCUGUAGCUGCGGCUGUGAAGAAGAGGCCUGGUAGGCCAAAGAGGUCUGUAACGGCGUCUGUGGUUACUGCUGGAGAGGGUUCAAGAAAACGAGGGAGGCCAAAGAGAGAUGACGUGGCGGCUGCAACUGUUCCAGUGGCUCCGGCUAAGAAACGUGGACGGAAACCUAAUGUUGAAGUAGCUGCUGCUGCUGCUGCUGCAAAACCUGUGCGCAGGACUAGGAAGAGCACCUCAGUGGCAUCGGUAGCUGCAGGCCCAGGAGAUCUCAAGAAAAGAACCGCACUCUUACAAAAGAAAGUGAAGGAAGCUGCAGCCAAGUUGAAAACAGCAGUUACAGCAAUUGAAGAAAUCCAAGCGUUAGUGGCUGGGAUGUAAAAGGCUAUCAUUUGACUCAUCUACAUUCGUUGGGAGAAAGACUGAUUGGUUGAUGUUUGAUAUUUCACAUUAGGAUUGUUUGUUUGUACGUUCGUUGAGAUUUUCGAUCAGACGAGGUUAAAUCAGUAGACUUAAUGGUCCUUGUGUAGCUCUGAGAUGUAUGGAAACUUUUCCGAACAGAUUUGCUACGUAUUUGUCGUCCGUCAACAGUUUUAACAAUUCUUUUUCUUUUGAGGUUUAUCAAUUUGUUUGGAGAUUUAAAGGA